CAGAAUCAUGUCGGUGGGCAUCGAAUCUGGGUUCUCAAACGACGAAGUUUUGAACAUUCGCUUCCCACUUCACCGCGCGUGCAGGGAUGGAGAUGUCGGCGCUCUCUGCUCGCUUCUCCAGUGUACCACUAACCAGGCGGACCUCGUCAUGGAAGAUUCCUUCUAUGGCUGGACUCCCAUUCAUUGGGCAGCACACUUUGGGAAGCUGGAAUGCGUCAUGCGCCUGGUGCAGGUCGGUUGCGAAGUGAACGCCAUGACGACGAGGUUCGCUCAGACCCCCGCCCACAUUGCCGCAUUUGGAGGACACCCAGAGUGUCUCCUGUGGCUCCUUCAGGCCGGAGCAGAGAUCAACAGACAGGACUAUGUGGGAGAGACUCCCAUCCACAAAGCUGCACGAACAGGCAGUAUGGAGUGUAUCAGUGCCUUGCUCAUACAGGGCGCUAAACCAGACUUGAGAAAUGCCAGCGGGCAGACGGCCGCGGACCUGGCUCACGCACAGGGGUUCCACGAAUGUGCCCAGCUCCUGUCCAACGCGCAGAACCAACUCAAUCAGCUGAACGGAUUCGCCCAGAAUGGCUCAGGCCCCGCCCACGCUCGUGGGCGGAGCCUCUUUAACGGAGCAGCCAGUAGGAAAAGAGUACUUGAUUGCACUGAGCCCACUGACUUUAAGAAAGCUAGAACUGACAGUUUGGACUUCCCUGUGGAGAGUGUUAAUGGAUCAGGGGAAGAGCUUGAGAAUAUGCACGUGGAGUCUGGUCUGGAUGUGGGAUCAGAUGGAACCAUAGCCACAGGUUUGAGGAACGGUCAUGUGCAACAGAACGGUUUCCAAGGCAACGGAGCCCCAACAAACGGGCACUGCCACACAUUGCCACACGUGAACGGCACAACGGCCGUGCCAGCGGAGACAGGGAACGACCCCCGUCACGCCUCAGACAUGUGUGGUUCCCUGCACCUUAGCGGCAGCCCCAGCAGCUGCGUGUCCCAUCGGCCCUCCUGGGGCGGGUACCCGGCCGACUUCGGUGAACAUCUGCACUACGGACACUAUCACGGCUUCGGCGACACGGCGGAGGACUUGGAGGACGCCAGCAGCCGACUGGAGCACAGCACUACCGUCAGAGCGGAGCAGCACUACAACCAGGCCGUCCUCACCGCUCUGCAGCUAUUUCACGGUUCUUAAAAGGGAACGGGUGGACCCGUCCGUAUUAUUUGAACGUGGCCGUAUUUUGUAGCCGACACCAUCUGCCUUAAACUUAACAGUUUCACUGUUGCACCUUGAAGUGAACCGUCCGGGCCACAGUGAAGAGACACCUUUUUUUUCUCUCGAUGAGUCAAGACCGAAACCUU